AUGGAUUCUUCCAUAGUUCUUAUUGACAAAAUGCGGACGGGACAGAAAGUUUUUGACGUCAUACUUUGGUUCAUCACGAAGGAGCGUUUCCGUUUUCGGUACUCCCACGGAGAUAAAGAGACGUUCUGGUUCUCGUUUGAGCUGGCGCAUGCGCCGUACUCCUUCUCCCCGUGGGGUGUUAGCGUUGUUUCGUCAACUCCCAAUAAGGACAUGACCAAGCACCCAAACUCGCUCUGCGGUAGUAUUCUGCAGUACAUGCCUAACGCAUCUGAUAACGCCGAGAUACUGUACGUUAACGGCAAGGCAUUGCUGGACCCGUACCCACAGGGUAUCGACUACGUGCCUAAGGCGCAGUGGAACAACAUGCUUAACACAUUCCCGACGCAUAUGACGCCACGACAGCCACGAACGGAACUAAACAGGACCGGUGAUGAGAAAGUGUAUUUAGAGUGCCUCGUCGGUCUAGGAGCAACACCGUUGCCGGAUAUGUUUGCCGGAAUGCUGUUGCGCCGUCACGUUCCAGUUGCGUCGAUUGCUAGAGCAAUCUAA